AUGGACCUCAGUUCGGAUAGGCCUGCCGGUGAGGGCGGGGCCUCUUCUCCUGCAGGAUGGGGAGGGCUAAGCAGCAACAGCAGCAACAGCAGCAGCAGCAACAGCAGCAGCAGCAGCAGCAGCAACAGCCCCCUUGCUGCAGCAGGUCUUGCUUACUCUGCAGGUUCUCCUGAGAGCAAUCCUUUACGACUCCCCACUGUGGCGUCUUCAGUUGGUUUUUCGCCUCUGCAGCAGCAGCAGCAGCAGCAGCAGCCACAGCAGCCGCAGCUGCCGCUGCAGCAGCAGUACCCGCUGCAGCAGCCGCUGCAGCAGCAGCAGCAGCUGCCCUAUUCAGGCUGGCAAGGAGGCCCCCCUUGCCCCUCUUCUAUGUGGGGAGAGCUGCAGCAGCUGCUGAGCCCUGAAGACAGACAGGCGCUGCAGCAAAUAGCAGCAAGAGCACGUGCAGCAGCAGCAGCAACAACCCUGGGGCUAGGGAUUGCUGCCUUCAAUGCUGGCGGUAUCCGAUAUUAG